AUGAAAGGGACAAGACCUAAGGACAUGUGAUGUCCGCUAAACGACGAGCCUCGAUCAGAGGGCUUUGACUUAUACCCCCUAUAAAAGGGGUGGCACCUCUCAUUGUAAUGGACCCGAUUUUGAAAUCAAUAUACUCCCACUUUGCAUUCUCUCUCUCUCUAAAAACUUAUAUUAUUUUAUACUCUCGGUGGUUUAUAACCAUCAAAUUGGUGCUCUCAUUGAGAGGAGAGGAACAUACUCGUAGGUUAACUCCUGAACGCGAGAAUGGUGCAAACAAGGAGCAGCGUCCCCACCACCAGCCACGUAGUUGGCGAGGAGAACGCACCGGGCAGCGGCAACGGUACGGGAGGUAUUGGCUCGACUCUGGACGCGGUCCAGGUGCUGUUCGGCUUGGGGGUGACCGCGGAGCAGCUCCAGGCGACCGUUGCGGCACUUUCCGCCUUGGGUGGGAACGUGCCCGACGCCGGGGCUGGCAAAGCUCUGCUCGGCUCCCACGCCGAACACGCUGCCACUUCCCAACACAAAGGGAAGAAGACCCGGAGGAGCAGAAGGAGGCCCGGCAAGGCCCCGGCGAUCGAGGAGGUGAUUGUGCAGGACGUUCCGGAGGAGGAGGACGAUGAAUUCAGUGAGUGCCGAGUGUCAGCCUUCAGACGCUUAGGAGGGGAAGAGACCCGGGUGUCGGCCUUCGACAGGCUCGACCGCGGACUGGAAGUUUGCCCGGGCGACCUCCGCCGACAAAUAACCGAAGGGAGGCGGAGGCAUGCUGAGGAAUCCGCAACAUCGGAUGCUCGCUCGGCGAGGCCCGAGCGGAGCGGAGAAAGGCGGGACGAGCGCACCCAGCGCCGCCAUAGCCCGACGAGAACUGAGAAGACAAAGGUCUCUGACCAAGGAGUAUCUCGGCUCGCUCGUGAGAUUGCCGAGCUCAAGCGCCGAGUGGAGACCAGGGCUCCAUACAGCCAGCCCAUCUUGCGGACGGUAACCCCGUUCACUCCGAGGGUCAUGUUGAUUCCACUGUCGGCAAACUUUCGGCCGUGGCAGAUCAAGGCCUACAACGGAACGACGGACCCCCAAGAUCAUUUGUCCAAGUUCUACGCUUCCAUGGAAGCGGCGGCAGCCCCGGACGAGGGAACAAUUGACGAUUGGGAUACGUUAGCGGAGAAGUUCUUGACGCAUUUCGCGGCCAACCGAAGGCAGAGGCUGCCUUACUCCCACCUGCUCAACAUAUGCAUCUGCAAGGGAGAGAAGGUCCGCGACUUCAUAGUCCGGUGGGAGAAGGAAGCCAGGGACGUGCACGGGGCGGAUGACCAAGCGUUGGUGGCCAUGUUCCAAGCAGCCCUUCCCCGCGGAGAGGUGAGGAAGGAGCUCCGCAAGAAUCCUCCCCCCACGUACCAAGAGACCUUGGCGCGCGCUAAGUUCUUGGCCUCGGAAGAGUUCGAUGAUGCUCCCGACUCUGAGGCCGCGCCGGCUAAGCGAGCUCCCGCACACUCUGGUGAGGCCGCGAAGAAGAGGAAGAAGAAGAAAGACUACACCGCGGGCCCGAGGACGCCCUCGGCCGGAGUGUACUCCGUGGGCGCGCCCGUAGGGACGGGUCGAGAGCUUGUCCUCUCCCCGCUCCCCCACGUAGAGGCUUACGCGGUGUCCAGCGGUGGCAAGUACUGCAAGUAUCAUCGCAACAACACUCAUAACACUAAGGAAUGCUUCACUCUUCAGAAGGAGAUGCAGCGACUCAUCGCCCGAGGGCCGGCUCCGCGAGACGAUGGAGCAGCCCCUUCCCGGGGUCCGCCGGAAGGAAGGACGUGGAGGAAGCCUACCGAACCGGUCGCGGUGGCAACGCAAGCAAGGAACCCCGAGAAGAGGCAUAUUGGGCGAGAGUGCGAUGAUCUAGACGAGGACGAAGCCCAAGGGUAUCCGGUGGGAUUUAUCCAUGGAGGAAACAUUGGCGGGGACUCCGCCGCUCAAAGGAAGAGGUGGAAGCACUUGGCCUUCGUCGCCAAAGUCCAUCAGGCGCCGGCGUCCAAGCUCGGAAGACGAGAGCAGAUCCAAUUCACGGAGAAGGAUCUUCCGAACACGUCGAGCUCCCACCGAGAUGCCUUGGUCGUGAAGAUAGAGAUUAACGAUGCCAUAGUGCACCACACCUUGGUGGACACGAGAAGCUCUGUCAACAUAAUGUAUGAGAAGACCUUCCAAGACCUCGGCUUGGACCGCAAGGACUUAAGGCCCGUGCGCACUCCUCUCUCCGGGUUCACGGGGGACUCCAUCGAGGUCGAAGGAGUCAUCACCGUGCCCGUGAUGGUAGGGGAUGGUGCGCACAAGGCCAAGUUGAAGAUGGAGUUCAUGGUUCGGCUAACACCCUACUUCCAAGCUCACCCGGUCCAAGUGCUCUCCCAACAGCCCAUAGGUGCGCUGCUCAGGAGCCCGAACGCACCCUCUCGCAUGUCCAAGUGGGCGGUGUUCCUUGGAGCUUUCCAGAUCGAGUUCAAGCCAAGGCCAGCGAUCAAGGGCCAAGCGCUAGCUGACUUCGUGGUGGAGUGCACUGCUCGGGAGGAGCCGAGUCCAGAAGAACCUGAAGCCGAUGACUCGUGGGUAGUUUUUAGCGACGGCUCCUCAAUCGCGCCCGAAGGCUUCAGAGCAUAUUACUCAAUUCGCUUCGGUUUCAAGGCAUCAAACAAUGAGGCGGAAUAUGAAGCGCUCCUGUGCGGACUACGCCUAGCAGUCGGGAUGAACGUGACAAAGCUAAUGGUAAAGUGUGACUCGAAGCUAGGGGUCGGCCACGUCUCGGGAGAGUUCGAGGCGAAGGAUGAAAGAAUGAAGAAAUACAGAGAUACCGCCCUAGAAUUACUUAAGAGCUUCACCGCGCAUAGUGUUGAGCAGAUCCCUCGGGCGGAGAAUGCCGAGGCGGAUAUCUUGUCGAAGCAGAGCUCAGACACGCCCGAGCAUAUCAGGCGAAUGGGGAAUGUGGAAGAGCUGUCCGAGCCGAGCAUCCAUGCUUUCCCUGUGGCAGUGAUCUGUGCUCGGCCAAGAGAUUGGAUGGACGACAUAGUCGCCUUCCUGAAGGAUGGUGCCCUCCCGGACGAUGCAAUAAAGGCCAAGUUGGUCCGGACUAGGGCACCUGGGUACACUUUGGAGGGCGAAAAGCAAUACAAGCGAGCGUACAACGGUACGCUGCUUAGGUGCCUCCGACCAGCUGAAGCGGAGCAAGUCAUGGAGGAGGUGCACGCGGGGAUCUGCUCCACCCACCAAGGAGCCUACGCGGUGUCAAGGAAGAUAACCCUUCAAGGAUAUUUUUGGCCAACAAUUGUUAAGGAUUGCGCGGAGUUUGUGAGGAAGUGCAAGGUUUUCCAAGAGUUCCAAAAGGUACCGGGGAGGCCUUCAACAAACUAUACCCCCAUCAGCACGGCCAUCCCGUUCGCACGGUGGGGGGUGGACCUCGUGGGCGCGCUUCCUAGAGGUACCGGGAACGUAAGGUACGUCAUUGUAGCCAUUGACUACUUCACUAAGUGGGUGGAGGCGGCCCCAUUGGCAAGCAUCACCGGAGCUCAAUGCCAGAAGUUUCUCGCGAAGCAAGUCAUCUGCCGCUUUGGCGUUCCCGAACACAUAAUCACGGACAAUGGAACACAAUUCGAGUCCAAGCCCUUCAACAACUUCCUUGAAAGUUGGGGGAUCAAGCACAGCUACGCGUCGGUUGGGUACCCACAGACGAAUGGGCAGGUUGAGAACGCCAACCGAACGAUAGUCGACGGGCUAAAGCGGAAGUUAGAAGCUUGCGGAGGGGAGUGGGCAGAAGAGUUACCCUACAUCCUAUGGACCUACCGGACCACGCCCCGAAGGGCAACCGGGGAAACUCCCUUCGCCUCAUGCUACGGAUUCGAGGCAAGGGCACCCGCAGAAAUCUCCAUCGCAACCCACCGGGAGGAGAUCUUUGACCCCGAGCGCAAUGAGGAAGCCCUGGCAGCCGAGCUUCACCUCGUGCAUGAAAGGCGAGAAGCGGCCUUCAUACGGGCAGAUAAUUAUCGAAGGAAAGUGAAGAGCUACCUUGACGGCCGCGUGCGCGCGCGUGGGUUCGUCGAAGGAGAUUGGGUGCUACGCAAGAGAACAGUGAGCCGCCCCCUAGAAGGUAGAAAGUUCGCCAAAAUUUACGAAGGCCCAUACAUUAUCAAAGAAGUGGUGGGCCCUUCAACGUUCCGCCUGCAGACGCCGAGCGGAGGGGACGUGCCCAGGACAUGGAACGCUGAAAACUUAGUUAAGUUUUAUCAGUAGAACUCUGUUGUACACGGGCCCCAAGAAGGGAAUCCGUAAACCCUUUUGGUUGAACUCAAUGGAAUGAAGUUUUUUGCGAACA